AUGAGAAAGAAGAGAGCAUUAAAUGAAUUCGAAUUUGUUGAGAAGAAGGACAAUGGUAAGGCUCAAGAAGAAUUAGGAAAAGGAGCCUUUGGGAGAGUGCGUUUGGCUCAUGAUAAAGUGACUGAUACAAAGGUAGCAAUCAAAACGAUUCCCAAAAAAUUGCUUAAAGAAAAUGCAUAAGCUGAAAAUAUUAAACGAGAAAUAAAGCUGCAUAGGAAAUUAGAUCAUCCUCAUAUAGUAAAAUUGUAUCACUCUCUUGAAGAUGAGACUAAUGUUUACCUUGUGCUGGAAUACGUUCCUAUGGGGAACUUGUUUGUCUAUUUAAAAAAGCGCAAGACUUUAGAGGAGCAAGAAGCGUUCGUUUAUUUUUUACAAACUGCAUUAGCCUUAGAUUACUUGCAUAAGAAGGGAAUUAUACAUAGAGACUUGAAGCCAGAAAACAUCUUAUUGGAUGCAUAAGGCAAUAUUAAAAUAUGCGAUUUUGGGUGGUCUGCAGAACUGCAACCAGAGAGGAGAACAUUUUGCGGAACACUGGAUUACAUGUGUCCAGAAAUGUUAAACAGUUAAAAUCAUGAUCACAGAGUAGAUAUAUGGGCUAUGGGGAUUCUCUUAUUUGAAAUGCUGCAUGGUCACGCGCCUUAUAAUAAAAAUAGAUAAUCAUAAGAAGUUGUUAUUAAGGCGAUCUUAAAUGCUGCUACUACUAAAAUACCAUUUAAUGAUAAAAUUUCAAAUGAUGCAAAAGAUUUAAUUUAGGCACUCUUAAAAGUUAACCCGCUUGAUAGGUUGAGCAUGGAGGAGAUUUUCAAUCAUAAAUGGAUUAAAGUUCAUGCAAGAGCAUUAUAAAUAAAUAUACCUGAAUUUGUUUAUGAAAAAGGAGUAAAUGAAACAGUUUAAUCCAUAUAAGACAUAUCUAUAGAUUUUGGUAAUCUUACACAACCAUCUAAUAAUUAUUAAUCUUAAAAAAUUCCAUCAAAAUAGCCAGGUAUAUAAUAAAGAUAAGAAAAUCCAAAUUUUUAUUCAUAAUAAUUACCUUCAUCUUCACCAUCAUUAAAUAAUUCAACCUAUUAAUAAUAACAAUAAUAAUAACAACAUUAAUAAUAAUAACAUUAAUAAUAAUCUACUACUCCUAAUAAGAAACCAUCAUUUGAUUAACUAUUUUAAUCAACACAUAGCAAUACUAAUAAUCCUCCCUUACCUUAAUAUGAAUCAACUUCCAAAUCUCCUACCAGAUUAACUCCAGAAUAGUAAAGAUAAAAAAAUGAAUUAUUAGGCAUCAAUUAAAUGGAGACAUCAAAAUAAAUGGAAUAAUCGAAUAGAAUCAAUUAUUAAAUGCAGUAAAGCUAAGAUAUGCAAAGAUCGUAAAUGAGAGAUCAAUCACCCAAUUAAUCUAUGAUGAAUUCUAAUUAUUAAGGUGUCUCUCCAAAUAAACCUGGUGUCAGUCCCAAUAGUAGAAAACCUAUUCUCAAUGAUAAGAUGGCUCAAUCUCAAAUGAUAAUUAAUAAGUAUACUUAGCAAUCAAAUAACUAAUCAGGAAUGUUUAAAAGUUAAGACAUUGCUAAUCAGCAACCUUAAUAAUCUGAUGAAUUUACAAAAUAUAUGUAAUAAGAAUAGGAAAGAAAAAGAAAGGAAGAAGAAUUUAGAAAACAAUAAUUAGCCGAUUUAUAAAAGAGAGAAGAAUAAAGAUUAUUAGAAGAAUAGAGAGAAAGAGAAGAGAGAUAGAAAUAAGAAGAAUUAGAAAGAUCAAGGAGGUUAAGAGAAUAAGAAUUAGAAAAUUAAAGAAAGAUUAAAGAAUUUGAAGAGGAGUAAAAACGAUUAAGGGAACAAGAAAAAUUAAGAAAGUAAAGAGAAUAAGAAGAGUUUUUGUAAAGGUAAAGAGAACAAGAAUAAGAAAAAUAGAGAAAGGAGAAGGACGAAUAAGAUAGACUUAGAAAAGAAUAAUUGAGAAGAGAAUAGGAAGAUAGAGAUCGUAAAGUCAAAGAGUAGGAAGAAUAAAGGAGAAGGGAAGAAUAGGUAAAAAGAGAGUAGGAAGAAAGAUAAAGGAGAGAAUAAGAAAAGUGGGAGUAGGAAUAGAGAGAAAGAUUAAGAAAAGAAAAGGAGGAAUAAGAUAAGAGAAGGUAGUCUGAAGAAUAAUAAUAAGAGAAAUUAAAACAAUAAGAAAGAUAAAAGUAACAAUAUGAAGAACAACUACGAUUAUAAAAAUAAUAGGAAUAAGAUAGAAAGUUAAGAGAAUAUGAAGAGUAGAAAAAGCAGUUAAAUCGAUCUAAUUCUAGAAAUGUUAGAAGUUAAGAAACAGAAGAAGAUAAAUAGGCUUAAAAGUUAAAGGAACUAGAAUAAAAAGCAAGAUAAGAAUAUUAACAACAUUUGAUAAAUCAAAGUAAUAGUAGUUAUGCAAGUAAAUAAAUAAGUGAAAGCAAACAACAGAGAAGAUAAAUAUCUGAUGAUGAUCUAUUUAUUGCAACAAAUAAUAAUUCUUAUAUACCAUAAAAAUAAAAGAAUGAAAUGAAUGAGGACGAAUAUGAAUUAGAAUAGAAGCUUCAUAAUAUGUUAGUGUAAAAUCUGUAAUUAGAAUUGCCUCCUAUUACUAAGACAUUAAAACCUGAUGAAAACAGCAAUCUUGAUUGGGAUAUCAGUGUGAUUGAACAAUAAUAGAAACAAACUCCAUUAAUGAAAUAAUAUGAAAAUAUUUAAUAAGUAGAAGUUGCCAUGCAUCAAAUUCCAUAAAACAAUAAAUCACUAUCACCUAAUACUAGAUAAACCAGAUUUACUCCAAGAGUCACUAAAAUGGAAGAUAGACCAACUCAUAUUAAUAAUAUGUUAGAUGAUUAAUUGGAUGAAUGGGAUCUCAGUGAAGAUCCUUAAGUAAAGUUACUUAAUCAAUUGCUGGAAUAGCCAGAAAGGCAAAAAAAGGAGAAGCAGAAGUAAAAUGUUAAUACUAGCUCUAAUAAUGGAUAUUCAUCUCAAUCUUAAUAAUAAAUAUCUGUAUCCACUCAACCUACAAAUAAAUUUAGUUUCGGUGAAAGUAAAGCUAAGCAGACUUUCAAACCAGAAACUAUUGAAAAUGUAGAGGAAAGCUUUAGGCAAGAUAGAUCAAUGAGAAUGAACACUUCUAGAGAUAGGAGUAGGAAUAAGAUACCAGCUAAAUCAAAUCCAAAAUAUAGGUAAAUCUAAUAAGAGUAAGAACCAGUUGAAGAAUAGUACGAUGAAGAUUAAUUAGAAGAUCUAAAGAGGUCAAAAUCAUCCAAUCAAGAAAACACCUAUGACUAAAAACUAAAACAAUUUAAAAAAUAUGACCACAAUCCAUAUUCAGAUAAUUACCAAAAUUAAACUUAAGAACAAUACAAACCAAGAAAGAGUAGGAUAAGCGAAAGACAAAAUAGAACUAUUCCUUAGAGACCAUUAUAAGAAAUGGACUUUUUUGAUAGACUAAAAUUUGCCUUCGGGUGUUUAUCCAGAAGAUAAUGA